ACAGGGUGUUGCAGAAGACCGGAGCCAGCGGCUUCCCUCCCCACGACAACGCGGCAGUGCCGGCGGCGCAUCGCCCGGCCGUCGGUGUCGUGUGGUCGUGUUGCAGUGAGCGCGUGUGCUGGCGAGUUUCACGAGCUGUUCUUGUGUGUCAGCGAGCAGUGGCGACGACCUUUUGCGGAAGAAAACAGAAGAUAACGCAUACUAAGAUGACGAAGAUUCGCAUUGCACGAGUUGAAGACUGCAGCAAGCUUGCCGAGAUUAUGAGGGAUCGUUCAGAUAUUGCAUUUACGGACGUAGAUGUCAUUACCUCACGUCUCCAGAAGAACGGCUUUGGUGAAGAUCCUGUUUUCCACUGCUUCGUCGCUGAGGAUGAUACCACAGCUGCUCCCGGGAUAAUCGGCUACGCCAUGGUUUCAAGGAUCUACUCCAGUUGGGAAGGAAAAAGCUUGCGACUUGGUGAUCUGUACGUCGCCCAAGACCGCAGAAGAAAAGGCAUUGGAACCGAGCUCUUGAGGAGAGUCAUGAAGAAAGGCGCUCAAGAAUUCGACUUCAAGGACGAUACAACCGCAAUGGCAGAUCUCAAAGAAAAUGCCUUUGGAGACUGGCCUCUGGUGAAUAUCCUGGUGGCUGAGGACAGUAGCGGAGGCAACGGCGUGCCAUGCCCUCCGCUGUGCGCCAGUCUGAUGCCGUCGCCCCCGCUGAUUGGCUGCGCCCUGUACAGCCUCGUCUUCAGCACCUGGGGAGGCCGCAGCAUGGUCCUGGAUGGCUUGCACGUGGCACCCGCAUACCGAGGCAAGGGUGUCGGCUCGGCACUCCUCAGGGCUGUCUUCAAGAAAGGCGCUCAAGAAUUCGACUUCAAGGACGAUACAACCGCAAUGGCAGAUCUCAAGGAAAAUGCCUUUGGAGACUGGCCUCUGGUGAAUAUCCUGGUGGCUGAGGACAGUAGCGGAGGCAUCGGCGUGCCGUGCCCUCCGCUGUGCGCCAGCCUGAUGCCGUCACCCCCGCUGAUUGGCUGCGCGCUGUACAGCCUCGUCUUCAGCACCUGGGGCGGCCGCAGCAUGGUCCUGGAUGGCUUGCACGUGGCUCCCGCAUACCGAGGAAAGGGUGUCGGCUCGGCACUCCUCAGGGCUGUCUUCAAGGAAGCGGCUCAGAACAAGUGCAACGAGCUCACCUGUCACGCGCUGACCAAGAGCGACGCCUUCAUCAACCUGAUGCGGAGGCACGGCGGCAUGGACCAGGAGCGGGAGAAAGGGUGGCACCUCUUCGAGAUGGACAAGCGCGCCAUCACUAUGCUCACCCUGGAGCAGCCGUGGACGCCGCUCAACACCGCCGCCAGCACGAGCAAGUCGUGACCGAAGAAGCUGCAGCAUCGACCGGCCCCUUGUUCUCCGAUUCGUAUUCGAUGUCGAAAUUUCAAAACAGCACGAGCGCGGCUUGGAAAAGUCGGAACGAAGUCAAACAAAAAUGUUCGCACGCAUGCCAUAUUGCCAACAUACAACCGAGACGGUUUAUUUCAAAUGACGAUGCAAGGAUAUUACUGAUAUUUGUAAACAAAUAAACGGGUGAUGAUGUCACAAAUAACAAAUUCUAGAGCUAGUGCUGGUAGAUUAUUUUAUACACCUUUUGUAGCCGCAGGCUGCCAUAUUUGUUUAAUUUCAUAAGAAAAAAUACCACAAUGCAUUUUUGCUUGCGACCAGCGACAUAAGUCCUUCCACAGCGAAUAACCGGUCAUUAUUUAAGGGAACACUUAAGGAAAAUGUGAAGUCUAGUUAGAUUGAAAGCUUAGGCUUUUGUAAUAACAAAUUUGUCAUUCGUAGCGGGAACAGAGCUUUUGUAAGCGAGAAAAUGACGAAAAUGGGAAAUCUUAGUGGCGCCACCUGUUGUGGACUAUAUGGUACCUGUCCUGUGAUGUCAGCACUGGCUGAUUUAGAGAGCCGAAGAGAGCGCCAUACAGAGCGGUCACGUGGAGUUUACGUGUAGUCGUCCGGUUCCGUGGAGAUUACGUGAACGCGGCUAGUUGAGCGCGGCUGGUCGAAAGCUCCAGCGGGACCUUCGGCGGAAAUUUU